CUCCAUUUUCUCUUGGAAGACAAAAUAGGUUGCAGCAACAGGAGGAAGGCGAUGGAAUCGCUGUGGGAGGAAGUGAGGGAACUAAGCUUAGGAAACUCCGUAGAACGCCUAGAGUCUCCUCCGACGCCGCUCCGAUUCCUCCGAGACUUUGUUUCUCAGAAUAAACCCUGCAUCAUCUCCAAUGCCAUUUCCCACUGGGCGGCACUCUCUCUCUGGUCCACCCCCUCCUACCUCUCCGAUGUUCUUACCGGCUCCCUCGUCUCUGUCCACCUCACCCCCAACGGCUGCGCGGAUGCUCUCGCUCCACACCCUCUUCACCCCUCUUCCCUCUGCUUCGCCUCGGCCCACGUCCAGCUCACGCCGUUCCCGCAAGCCCUAAAUCUCGUCCGUCAAAACCCCGAGAACCAGAGAUAUGUGGCGUACCUGCAGCAGCAAAAUGACUGCUUCCGGACGGAGUACGGGCCGCUCAAGUCGGAUUGCGAUGACCACAUUCCCUGGGCGUCGGAGGCGUUGGGGUGCCGUCCGGAGGCUGUGAAUCUCUGGAUUGGGAACCAUCUCUCCGAGACUUCCUUCCACAAGGACCAUUACGAAAAUCUGUACGCCGUUGUUUCGGGUGAGAAGCACUUCAUUCUGCUUCCCCCCACUGAUGUCCACCGCAUGUAUAUCCGGCAGUACCCUGCCGCUUGCUACUCCUAUUCCGAGGGUACGGGAGAGUUCACUUUGGAACUUGAGAAGCCUGAAAGGUCUGUGCCAUGGUGCAGUGUGGAUCCUUACCCUUCUCCGGCGACUAAAGACCAGGAAAGCUCCAAAUUUCCAUUGUAUUUCAAUGGACCAAAACCGUUUCAGUGUACGGUGAAGGCUGGAGAGAUGCUUUACUUGCCAAGUAUGUGGUUUCAUCAUGUUAGGCAGAGUGCGGCUGAUGGAGGAUGCAUCAUUGCUGUAAACUACUGGUAUGAUAUGCAGUUUGAUAUCAAGUAUGCAUACUUCAAUUUCUUGCAAUCACUGAAUUACCAAUCAAUAUGCAAUCCAACAGCACUUCAAAGUAGAAGUGAGGAUUCGGAUUCUACUUCAUCUGCUAAGCAUUUGAGUAAUGGAACAUAUGCCAAUGCCACUGCAACAAAUGGCAUGGUGAUGGAGCCAAUACAAGAUAGUGAAAGUGAAGAUGAGUGAAUGCUAUUGUCUUAGCAGAGCUGAAGAUUGUAUGCUUCUUGAGUCUUCAAGCUGGAGCCUAGAAGGCUUCAAAAACUACAUACACAGCGUAUGUUUUUUGUAUUUGAAACCUUCGUUUUGAAAUUCAAUUGAAUGAUUGAUAAAAGAGAUGGUUUGGAUAUGGACCAUUUGAUAAAGGUUAAAUGUUAAU